GGGGCGGGGCUGCGGUGCGGUGAAAGGGGCGGGUCUGGUCUUCGAGUCUUCGCCACGGCAGGCGCUUCCGGAAGCUCGGUUCCUCUCGGGUUUCCCGGAGGGGUCGGCGCAAGCGCGAGCCCAGGGGGACUCCGGGGCCGGCGGCCAUGCAGCCUCGGGGGUCGGAGGGCCGCGCCCGCGGCCCGUCCGUGCUGUUCGUGCACCCGGACUUCGGCGUGGGCGGCGCGGAGCGACUGGUGCUGGAUGCGGCCUUGGCGCUGCAGUCUCGCGGAUGUCGCGUCCAGGUGUGGACGGCCCACUAUGACCCGAGCCACUGCUUCUCCGAGAGCCGGCAGCUGCAGGUCCGCUGCGCCGGGGACUGGCUGCCGCGAAGCCUGGGGUGGGGCGGGCGCGGCGCGGCGCUGUGCGCCUACCUGCGCAUGAUCUAUCUGGCGCUCUACAUCUUGCUCCUGAGCGGCGAGGAGAUGGACGUGAUCGUGUGCGACCAGGUAUCUGCUUGUAUCCCAGUGUUUAGACUGGCCAGACAUCGGAAGAAGAUACUGUUUUACUGUCAUUUUCCUGAUUUACUUCUUACUCAGAGAAAUUCUUUUCUUAAACGACUCUACCGAAUCCCAAUUGAUUGGGUGGAAGAGUAUACUACUGGCAUGGCAGACUGCAUUGUGGUUAAUAGCUCCUUCACGGCAAAUGUUUUUAAAAACACUUUCAAAUCCCUAGUGCACAUAAACCCAGAUGUUCUCUACCCUUCUUUGAAUGUCAGCAGCUUUGACAACACAAUGCCUUCGGCUAUAGAUAACUUAAUUCCCAAAGGAAGGAAGUUUGUUUUUCUUUCAAUCAACAGGUAUGAAAGGAAGAAAAAUCUAACUCUUGCUUUAGAAGCAUUACUUGAACUACGUGGGAGAUUAGAUCUUCAAGACUGGGAAAAAAUUCAUCUAAUUAUGGCUGGUGGUUAUGAUGAUCGAGUCCUAGAAAAUGUAGAGUAUUAUAAAGAACUAAGGAAUACAGCCAACCAGUUUGACCUUACCCAUCAUGUCACAUUCCUGAGGUCUUUUUCAGACACACAAAAAAUUUCUCUUCUUCAUAAUUGUACUUGUGUGCUUUAUACACCAAGCAAUGAACAUUUUGGCAUAGUUCCUCUGGAAGCCAUGUACAUGCAGUGUCCUGUCAUUGCAGUGAAUUCAGGUGGACCUCUGGAAUCUAUUGUAGAUAAUGUAACAGGGUUUUUAUGUGAACCUGACCCAAAACAAUUUUCUAAAGCAAUGGAAAAAUUUAUCAGAAAUCCUUCCUUAAAAGCCACAAUGGGGUCAGCAGGAAGAGCCAGAGUGAAGGAAAAAUUUUCAUUAGAGGCUUUUACAAAUCAGCUAUACCAAUACAUAAGUAAAUUGUCAGAAUAAUUAUAUAUUUUUAAAACCUUUUCUAGAGGCAAUUAGAUGGUACAGAGGUUUUAAGGCCUGGAUUUCGAGUCAAGCAGACUCAAGUUUGAAUUCUACCUUGGCCAGUUACUAGUCAUGUAACUCUGAGCAACUCAUGUAACCUCUCAGCCUCAGUUUCCUCAUUUGUAAAAAUAGUAAUAAUAGCACCUACCUCAUAGGGUUGUUGAGGAUCAAAUGAAAUAACACAUGUAAAGUGUUUUGCAAACCUUAAAGUACCAAAUAAAGUGGUUAAUAUUGGGUUACUAUUGAUUGACUAAUUUUGAUUAGAUUGACUAAUCCAAUUGACUUGGGUUCCAAGACUCAAUUGUACUUCCAAAAAAAAAAAAAACCAAAAUUUUCUGGUGCAGAGUGGAUUUAUCUUUUACUAAAAACAACAGACGUAGGUCUAAUCUUUUUCAUCCUAUAAAGAAUUUUAAAAGGAAACAAAACCCUAGAGAUCUUAGUCUUUAAAAUAUUAAGGCAUAAAAACUGAAAAAAAAUUCCUCAAGUUUUAAUUUUAUCUAGACAAGUAUUUAAGUUACACACUCACAUGCACGUAAGAUUGUGUAAGAUUAAAUCGUCGUAAAAUAUCAGCAAUAAUAUUUAGUAUUUCUGCACUAAAAAUACUUGGUCAGUUUUACAAGGUCUCCAUACUUAGAGGAAUAUAUAUAUAUUUUGGAAAAGAUUAAUUAUCACAUUAUAAAUAAUGAUAUUUUUAUAUACUGUUUUUGCUUGCCAAAAGGUGAAAACAAAUACAUGUGACGAAACAAAUAAAAAUGGUAUUUUGUAA